AGUCUGGUUUUUUUCUUAGGUACCUUAUUUCAUCAAACUCUGCACACAGAACCCAUAUCUCUUGGUUGAUCAUUUCCAAUUGCUGGCUUCGAGACUCUCACCAUUGUCUUUGGACGUCUUUGUUUUGAAGAUUAUCCCGCAUUGCGUCUAUUCCAGCAACCCUCUGCUUUACCUGUGAGCAGCUUUCACCGCAUGAUGCCACGAACUCCAAACAGAAGUUCACGCUCCGGCGCAAAGGCUAGCAUCCCUCGGGCUUCCAAGCGCAAGGCUUUGCCUUUCAACCCUACAAUCCCAAAGUCUCCGUCUCGCGGCACUUCGCCCAUGGAAAUUGCUCUUUCGGGACUGCCGCAGGCUCCUGUCGCGCGACGCACGUCUGACGUUGAAAGCAACACGGUGGACGGUUGUGGCCAUGCAGCAAGUAUGAUGCUGCUGGUUUCCAAUGACCCAAACUCACGAUUCGGCAAGGAAUAUCAACGAAUCGCGAACAAUGACAGCGAGCUAGCGACGCCGCAUCCGAAAUUGUCCGUGAGCCAGCCAAAGAGACAAUACACCCGCCGCGAAGCAGAGGAGUCGUACACACAAAUCAGCCAAAUAAUUGAAACAGGUGUUGAAUCGACAGAGGAAGAGGUGACGCAGGUCUUAGAGUGUCUCGAGCCAAUCGCGACGGUGGUGCUUCCUGGAGAGAAAAAGUUGGACAUCUCUCGUUGGCUGCGCCACAACAUCCGUCAGCAUGGCGAGCGGCUCUCUGUUCUCAACGAAGAAUUUGACGAAUGCGAUCCACGGGACCUCACAGUCGUGGACUAUCCCGCUCGUGACCAAACAUCAGUGGAGGCUAUCAACAACCCAGUGGUUUUCAUCGCUGAGCAGUUGAACGAUAGUUGCAGAGACGAAGGCAAGGUACAGAAGGCAAUCCAUUUGACUUUCCUACUGGCAGACGUGCAGGCCGACUCCUUUCAGGACCUCGCCCACGAGCGCGACUAUUGGCGCGCCGAAGCUCAGAGUGUUCGACGUCAAUUGGCUGAAAAGAACAGAGAACUCCUCCACGCAAAGUCCACGGUGCCUACCGAUAUCGAAUCCCCACUCGACCUGGCAUUGAAGUUGACGGAGUCUUUGACGAGAGAGCAGGCUGAGAACGAUAAAAGCCGCCUUUCUUCCAGAACGAGAGGCCCAGGCGACGAAGUUGCACGAACGAAUCAUGGGACCAUCUUCGGAUCUAGUGAAGAUGGUGAUAAUAGGGCAACACAAUAUCAGCAACACGAACAAGCAAUUCAACGACCCGCCAGCAUCCAUGACAGCGAUGAAGGAGACGAAGCCAAUGAUUCAGACGGACUAUACGAGCCAUCAACGAGUUCCGGCUGUAUGACACGUCGGGGCGACGAUGCCCACGGCAAACGAAGGAGAGCUCUUGGCGCCGUGAGAUGGAGCAAGCGUCUCCGCCGAAGCGUUCGAUGAAGUCUCGCCAUGUCGACAGCCGUACAGGUCCAAGAUGUGGACGAAUUAUGGAUGAAUGGCCCGAGAACAGUGUGCGAGGCGUACUUUGCCUGCGAUUGUUUGAUUAUGAAGAAGAGAAGUUUGCUGCGAUGCGACAGGCAGAAAAUAGUGAGAACAACCUGUUCGUACAAGAGCCUGAGGGGCCUUGAUCAAAUGCUUGCCUGCUCAACAGA